UCAAGUGAGCGAGCAUUCUCGCAAGGUGGGAUCACGAUCAGCAAGCGGUGCAAUCGGUUGAAAGGAGAUAUUGUCGAGGCACUACAGUGCGUCAAGUGUUCUCUCCAUAAUGAUCUUUUAUUCCAGGAGCCUGGCCCAUCUUCCCUUGUAGAAGAGGAAACAAAAGACUCCGAACACAAGGCUGAGGUGUUAGAAGUCGAAGCAGCAGAUGAUGAGGGGUGGGAUACACUGCUUUUAGGUGACGAUGACAAUAUGUCAGGGUCUGAUGUUGAUUCAGCAGAUGACAACUAA